AUGAGAAGAAAAAGGAAAAAAGAAAGAGGGAAUCAACAUCGACGGAGGAAUCGGUGGUGGUGGCUUCGAAACAGAAACGAUGGACGUGGUGGCUUCGAAGCAGAAACGAUGAACGUGGUGACGGUGGUUUCGAAGCAGAAAUGGAGGUGGUUGCGGCUUCGAAGCAGCAACGAUGGAGGUGGUGGCUUUGAAACAGGUGGCUGUUUAUUGCAGAAUGAUUUGAUCGGUACCAAAUGUGGUGAUAAAACAACACCAAUUGCUGCAAGCAAGAAAUUGAAGGUAGUGUUCCUUUCCUUGAAUUUUCAGGAAAAUGUUGGCAUUAGUAGCAUCGAAACGGGUGAUAUUAGCAAUCAUGCGACUCUUGAAGAUUAUAAUCCAAUUGAUCUAUCACCAGGUGCAGCAAAGAAUGUUAAAGCAGGACCUAUUGAACAUGAAACUCCUCUUAUGCCAUUCCUUCCAAAGCCUCCACCUCCUAGUCCCCUUAAUUCUGGUCCUGGAGAUUAUAAUUAAUUAAUUAAUUAGUCACUUGUUCUAAACUUUAUGUUAGAUACUAGUACAAUGUUAUGCUCUUUUGUGUAAUACUAAGAAUAUAGUACAGGUCUUAUGAACACUAUUUAACACUAUAAUCUUUAUUAUCUAUUGUUGAGUCAAAAAGAGUCUUCAAAAGAGUAUAUUGAGUGGCAUAUAUCAUGCUCAAAUUGAAGACUAUGUACUGUUUAUUAGUUAGUUUGCACAGGUUGUUUGUUGUACACUAUUAAUUUUAUUUAUGUAAUCCUUGUUUUUUCAUGUACUCUUCUUGUUUUGUGAAAAGUAAUAGUACCACUAAUUAUUUGUAUUUUGACAUCCUACUAUUAUGCUAGUUAAUUUUUUUUAAUA